AUGAGCUCCAAUUUGCGAUGGCUAAACGGGAACGGCCCCCACGCCCUCCAAAAUGGUGCUUCCUUUGGAAUGUCAUGGCCACGAGGCCUCUAUUCACCAAACCAAACAUUUGUGAUAGGAAACGACAGCAAUCAAUGGCCUUUGGAUUCCAGAGAGAUUGCCUAUUGGGCAGAUGGAUCGCUCAAAUGGACAGCUCAUUCGGUCUCCAGUGAGAUCAUUUAUAGUGAGGAAUACAAGGUCAAAGGCGCCCCUCACCCAACCAAAAUUAUCGAGGGCGUCAAGAUUGAGCAAGAGGGCUCCUCCAUCUCUGUGAAAACAUGCGAAGGACUGGCUUUGAAAUUUGCGGCCCCGGGUAGCUCUUCCAUAUUGGAGAGCCUUGCAGUCGAUGGAAGAUCGCUUUGCUCGAAUGCCACAGUUGUAGCGUUCAUCAACCAAAAAGAGUACACGACGCGCGUGGAUGCAGUGAGCGUGGAAAAUGCCACAUUCAGUCGAGUAGUCAUCAAAGUGACUGGUGCCGCAGUGGCAAGCGGCGUCUCUCACCUUCCUUUCGAUGUGCGAUUCUAUGUUUAUUCCAAUUCUACCACUGUCAAGAUUCUUCAUUCUUUCACUCACGACCUCAAGUCAAAAGAACCAUUGUCUUCGCUUGGCCUUCGGUUUGCUGUUCCUCUUGGAGAAACCGAGUUAUAUAAUCGCCACAUCCGCAUGGGAGGAUCGGGUGGCGGUAUUCUGAAAGAAGAAGUCAAAGGACUGACUGGGUUGCGCCAUGGACCGACAAUUCAAAAUCGGAUCGACCAAGCUGCCGGAAAAGCGAUCACCUUAAAUGAGAAGGAGUGGACCCGCACGGAUCUUGCGAAAGGAAUUUCCUUCAUUCCAUCCUGGGAAUCGUAUUCCCUUUCUCAACUUUCAUCGGACGGAUUCACAAUCAAGAAGCGUACUAAGCCAGGCUGCUCAUGGGUCAAGGUCAUUGGCGGUGGAAGAGCAGAUGGAAGCGCCUACGUGGGAUCAGCUCACUAUGGCGGUCUGGCAGUCGGAAUGUCUGAUUUCUGGGAGCGCUACCCCACUCAGUUGGACCUGAGCGAUUUGGGAUCCGACAAGGGAAAAAUCACAGCUUGGCUAUAUUCGCCGCUCGCCGAGCCUUUAGAAACGGCACCAUACCAUGACGGACUUGGAAUGGACACUUAUGAGAAGCAACUGGAGGGUCUUAAUGUCACAUAUGAAGACUUUGAGCCUGGAUUCGCCUCAGCAAACGGCAUCGGAAGAACAAAUCAAUUUUUCCUCACGCCAUUCACCGCCACUCCUUCAAACGAGGAGUUCAGUCGCUUUUCAUCCUUAGUUCGUGAUCCCCCUCGCUUAGUGGCUACAUCGGAGCAUCUGCAUUCCACAGGGGCAUUCCAUGGGUGUUGGGCUCCUAGCUCGCAAAUACUGGGCAUUGAAGCGACCUCCCAAGAGAUGGAAAUUGAGAAAAAUCUCGAUCUCUUGUUCAACCUCUAUCAUGACCAGGUUGAGCAAAACAGAUGGUACGGCUUUUGGGACCAUGGGGAUGUUCAGCAUACCUAUGAUGCGUAUAGACAUGCCUGGCGAUACGAUGUUGGUGGGUUUGCUUGGGACAACUCGGAGCUUUCUACCGACUUAUGGCUAUGGCAAUACUUUCUGCAUACGGGAAGAGCAGACGUGUUUCGGAUGGCCGAAUCCAUGACGAGACACACCGGGGAAGUUGAUGUGUACCAUGCAGGAAAAUUCAAGGGAUUCGGAACUCGUCAUGGUGUCCAGCACUUUAGUGACAGCUCAAAACAGCUCCGCAUUUCCAAUGUGCUAUACAGACGAAUUUACUUUUAUCUCACAGGAGAUGAACGCACCGGUGAUCUUAUUGCGGAACUCCAGCAAUGUCAAAAUACGCUUUUGACUUUGGACUCACACAGAAAAGUGCAAGAGCACGCUGGAAUACCUGACGGGUUUGCCAUGACAAAUAUUGGUCUUGACUGUGGCCCUCUUGCUGCCGCUUGGUUGACUGCCUGGGAGCGGCGGUCGGAAGGAUGGGAUAACUCCAGACUGCUCUUGGUGAAGCUUCUGGAAGGAAUUUCUGGACUCAAGCACGGCAUAGGAAAUAACGCGAUUUUAUUAAAUCCCACCAGCGGUGAGGUACGAGAAUGUCCGCCUCCCACUCCCGAAUGGGCAAUAUCUCAUCUAUCCAUGCUAUUUGGUUUCCCCGAAAUUACCUCAGAGCUAUUCCAUUACAUUCGUGAUGAAUAUCCAGACACUGUGGAAAGAUUCAUGAAAGUCUGGCUAAGCUAUUGCCGAGCAUACAACGGAGGGCCACGCGUGCAAAAGGAAGAGUUUGGUUUUGAGUUCCCAUCUCAUGCGACCUGGCGACAGAGUCAUUCUACGCUUACUGCAUUUGCAGCGGCUGAACAGAAUCGGGAUGAUCUCGGCCGAGCUGCGUGGGACCAAUUCUUCAGUACUGAUGGAUACACGGCUGAUCACGAUUGGACUGUUGUAAUGACAUCCGCCCCGGACUUCUUUAACAGUGGAAAUGAGGCAGCUUGGGUGACGACAAAUGAAGCAGCUCGCUACGGCGUGUCUGCGAUUUCCAAUCUUGCAAAUAUCAGGAAAUAUUUAGAAUAG